AUUUAUCAGUGCUGCCGUCCCUCCUUCUCCAACCCUCCACAAACAACAAUCUUGUGUGUAUUGCACGAUUUCAACAACACAGUUUCUGUGAAGUCCCUCUUUUGGUCUUCACACUCAUUUCAUUCUCGUUUUUCAGGAAAGAGGCGUUACCUCGUUCCUGCUCAGCGAGUUUCAGGCGCGUUUCUGCCUACGAGUCUACACCCGAGAAGUCUUAAACCUCGUAAUUUGCGACACUCCACCACAACAUCGAGUCCGAUAAGCGAUCACCAUAAUCCAAUCCUUCACUAUGGCUGAACAACUCGACAUGAGUCGGCUCAACCUGAACGACUCCCAGCACGCUCCCCAGCAGAACGGCUUCGGCCACCAGGAGCGCUCUGCCUACAUCCCUCCUCACCUCCGCGGUCGCCCCGGCGGCGGUCCUACUCCUAUGGAUGGCCCUCCUCCCAUGAACGGCGGUCCUGGCCUUGGCGGCGGCGCCUGGGGCCCUGGCCCUCAGCAGGGCGGUCGCGGCUACGGCGGCCCCCCUCCCAUGAACGGCGGCGGCGGCGGCGGCGGCGGUAACUGGGCCAGUGCUCCCAACUUCACUCCCCGACAAGGUGGAGGCGGCGGCGGUGCUCCCCGUGGCUCUGGUGAUGGACAGUGGAAGGAUGGCAAGCACAUCCCCGGUCCCUCCAAUCCCCGUAUCGAGCGCGAGCUCUACGGUGUCCCCAACGAUCCCUCGAAGCAGCAGACUGGUAUCAACUUCGAGAAGUACGAUGACAUCCCCGUCGAGGCCUCUGGCCAGGGUGUCCCCGAGCCCGUCACUCGAUUCACCAACCCUCCUCUCGACGAGCACCUGCUGAGCAACAUCGAGCUCUCCGGCUACAAGGUCCCCACCCCAGUCCAGAAGUACUCCAUCCCCAUCGUCAUGGCUGGUCGUGACUUGAUGGCUUGUGCCCAGACUGGUUCUGGUAAGACUGGUGGAUUCUUGUUCCCCAUUCUCGCCCAGGCUUUCAAGACUGGCCCUGUCGCUGCCCCCGCUCAGCAGAACGGUGGUUACGGUUACGGCCGCCAGCGCAAGGCCUACCCAACCUCAUUGAUUCUGGCUCCCACUCGUGAGUUGGUUUCCCAGAUCUUCGACGAGGCCCGCAAGUUCGCCUACCGUUCUUGGGUCCGUCCUUGUGUUGUUUACGGUGGUGCCGACAUUGGCUCCCAGCUUCGCCAGAUGGAGCGCGGCUGCGAUCUCCUCGUUGCUACUCCUGGUCGUCUCGUCGAUUUGAUCGAGCGUGGCCGCAUUUCUCUUCAGAACAUCAAAUACCUUGUUCUUGACGAGGCUGAUCGCAUGCUGGACAUGGGUUUCGAGCCUCAGAUUCGCCGUAUUGUCGAGGGCGAGGACAUGCCUCCUGUUGCUGGCCGUCAGACUCUCAUGUUUUCGGCCACCUUCCCCCGCGACAUCCAGAUGCUUGCCCGCGAUUUCCUGAAGGAGUACAUCUUCCUUUCGGUCGGUCGUGUUGGUUCCACUUCUGAGAACAUUACACAGAAGAUCGAGUACGUCGAGGACGUUGACAAGCGCUCUGUUCUCCUUGAUAUCCUCCACACCCACGGUGCUGGUCUGUCCCUGAUCUUUGUCGAGACCAAGCGCAUGGCCGACUCGCUCUCCGACUUCCUGAUCAACCAGGGAUUCCCUGCCACAUCCAUUCACGGUGACCGCACCCAGCGUGAGCGUGAGAAGGCUCUUGAAAUGUUCCGUUCCGGACGCUGCCCCAUCCUUGUCGCUACCGCUGUCGCUGCCCGUGGUCUUGAUAUUCCCAAUGUUACUCACGUUGUCAACUACGAUCUCCCUACCGACAUUGACGACUACGUCCACCGCAUUGGUCGUACCGGUCGUGCCGGAAACACUGGUAUCGCUACCGCUUUCUUCAACCGUGGCAACCGUGGAGUUGUUCGCGACCUUAUUGAGCUGCUCAAAGAGGCCAACCAGGAGGUUCCUCAGUUCCUCGAGUCCAUCGCUCGUGAGGGCUCUGGCUUCGGUGGAGGCCGUGGAGGCCGCGGCGGUGGUCGUGGUCGCGGUAACGCUGCUACCCGUGACGUUCGUCGCAUGGGCGGCGGUGGCGGCUUCAGCGGCGGCGCUGGUGGCUGGGGAGGUCCUCCUCAGCAGGGUGGUUACGGAGGCAGCUACGGCGGUGCUCCUAGCUACAGCGGUCCCCCACCUCCCAUGGGCGGCGGCGGCGGCAGCGGCGGCGGCUACGGUGGUGGUGGCUACGGCAACCCAUCUGGCCCUGGCGGCAACUCUUGGUGGUAAAUUCGCCCACUUUUCGGCGCACGACGAUGCCUCUCUAGGACCGAUCAUGACACCCUGGACUGUCGUGCCGCAACGCUAGGCGACGUGUUUUUGUGAUUUCUCUACUUGUUUCGAGCAUUUCCUCGCAAGUCCUUCUCGGUUACUUCGAAACGACACGGA